UCCUUGCAGGUGGUUUUUAAAUUCUUCUUCAGCCCACAAACCGAGAAGAACCGGGAUAUUGUGAGACGAUCUGGCCUCUUGCUAUGGCAGUUGCUGAUGGCACCAGUGGACCAGAUCAGCCCUGAAAUUCAGAAGGAAGUCUGUCUGGCCAUCAGUUCUGGUCUAAACAUCCUGUAUCCUGGAGAAGUAGAAAUCAAUAACUUGCUGAAACUGGUCUUAACGGAAGGAGAGAGAAACAGUGGGCUGGCCCAGCUUCGCGAUGUGAUCAUGACUAACCUGGCAGAGCAACUUCAGAACAACAGAUUUGGCAGCGAAGAUGAUGAGAAUUACAGACUAAACGAUGAACUUUUGCACUACAUUCUCAAGAUUGUUGUUCGCGAAUCUUGUAUCUUAAUCACCAAGUGCCAAACAGUAUCCAGAGAUGAAUUUCAAAGGCUCCUCUCAACUGUGCCUGCCGCCUCCUCCUGCCUGCGAUAUCUGAUGGCCGUACAGAACCAUCUUCUGAGUAAUACAAUUUUGAUUAAGCCUGACGAAAACGAUGACAGUGACAGCUCCUUGCAGGGAGAGACAUUGAAGGUACAGGAGCUUAAGGCCAGUAUCUUGGCUCUGGCUACACAAAUCUUGACAGGAUGCGAUGAGGUCCUAGAAAUGCUGCAGCAAGUCACUACUGCUCUUAUAAAUAGUGAUAUUCCAGACAGGGAGCACAGAUUAAAGGGCCUGGAGCAGGUGACCAAAGCCACCAUGCUGGGCCACUUGCUCCCAGUAUUGCUGACGUCACUGAUGCAUCCCAACCUCCAGACCUUGACUAUGGCUGAUGCUCUGAUGCCUCAGUUGGUGCAGCUGGUUCUUUACACAAGCCAGACUGCCUUGUUGCUGAAAACCCAGUCUCCUCUUUUCUCCGAAGCUGGUGCUUCUCCCAGUGGGGUCUGUGAACAGAGGAGCAAGCUGAUUCCUGAUGAGAGAAUGCUAGAAGAGAAAGAAGAGCCAGGGUUCCUUACUGGCUUGAAAAUCCCAGCUCCUUGGGCUGCUGGGAAAACAGUGGAAACAGUUCAUCCUGUUCGAGACAACUACAAAUUUAAGGAAACUGUGCAUAUUCCGGGAGCUCGUUGUUUGUAUCUGAGGUUUGAUAGCCGAUGUUCCUCACAGUAUGAUUAUGACAAGUUGGUGAUAUAUGCUGGCCCCAACACAAACAGUCGGAAGGUGGCUGAAUAUGGGGGCAACACCCUUGGAUAUGGCAGCCGCAGUGUCUUAGGAACUGGUUGGCCCAAAGAUUUGGUAAAGGUGGAAGGGGACACUGUUACCUUCUCUUUUGAAAUGAGGAGUGGUCGAGAACACAACACCCCCGACAAAGCAAUGUGGGGCUUUGCUUGCACUGUCCGAGCACAGGAGUCCUCAGAAGAUGUGUCAGGAGGAUUGCCCUUCUUGGUAGACCUGGCAUUAGGUUUGUCUGUGCUGGCUUGCUCUAUGCUGAGGAUACUGUACAAUGGACCAGAAAUAACCAAAGAGGAGGAAGCAUGCCAAGAACUUCUGAGAUCCAAACUUUUACAGAGGUGCCAGUGGCAGGUGGAAGCCAAUGGAGUCAUCUCUCCAGCCCUCACUCCGAGCCCUUCCCCACUGCCUCUCACCAUUGAGGAAGAUCGCGAAUUCACCUAUCCAUCUGAUGUCCUUGUUCCCCCUGUUGGCCACUACUUUGAGCUGCCACGGAUCAGGCUCCCUCCGGGAAUCAUGAUCAAACUCAGGGAAAUAUCUGGCCGCGCUCGGCCCCAGUUUAGACCCAGCAUCAGGGAGGUGAUCCAACCUGACAUAAUGGAAGAAAUGGUGGUUUCAUGUGUGAUCAAGCACUUGAAUCUGGUUGACGCCCUCCAGUCCCUCAUAAACUUCCAGUAUCAAGAAGAACAUGCAGAGGAGUAUGACUUGCUCUGCAAAAUUAUGGGCGAAACCUUUAAGAAGCUAAAUGCCAUGGAAAGACAAUUGCAGAGUGUUGCUGAACUGGAACAGAAGUGGCAAAGUGAAGUGGAAGAGGCCAUGCAUGGGAAGCUGGAGAACAAUGUGCCCUUCUUUUACGAUUAUCACUUUAAUGAGAGCAAAAUGAAAGAACUGGAACUUCUGUGCUCAAUGAAGGAGAUUUCGUUUGAUGGAAGCGACCUUGAGAAUAUGGUUAUUUCACUAAGGGAGAAAUUCAUUCAGGAAGUAAACUCUCUGCACCAGAAGCCUUUGCAUCCCAUGGGGAAAACAAAAACGCUGGUAAAGAGCCUGAUGAACCGAGCAGAACUGCUGUUGCACGUCACCAUUGCUGCCCAGUCUGGCCUCACCAGGAGUAUAUCUGGCACACCUGCAGAGACACCAGCUUGCAAGUCUGCAUCAGAAACUAAGGUGAUAUCCCAUGCUGUCCGCCAGCCUGUUUUUCUCCGCAGCAUGUCCGCACCCUCGGACCUUGAAAUGAUUGCCAAUGAGGAUCUGGAAUUCACUAGGUCAAGCCAAAGGCGACGCCACGUUACUAGUCACAGAAGUAGCUCCUUUACUCUUCUCCAGUCUCUGACUAUUGAGGACAGCCGAGAUAAGCCCACCUACAGUGUUUUACUGGGGCAACUGUUUGCUUUCAUUGGGACCAAUCCUGACCAAGCAGUAUCGAGCAGCAGUUUCCUUUUGGCUGCUCAGACCCGUUGGCGCCGUGGGAACACUAGAAAACAGGCCCUGGUACAUAUGAGGGAGCUCCUGACAGCGGCUGUUCGCGUUGGAGGUGUGACACAUCUUGUGGGCCCUGUCACAAUGGUACUUCAAGGAGGCCCAAGAAUUGAAGAACUCACUUGUGGUGGGAUGGUGGAACAAGUGCAAGAAGCCUUUGGGGAGACCAUGACUUCGGUGGUGGCGCUCUGCGCUCGCUAUCCCAUCGCAUGUGCAAAUAGCAUUGGCCUGUUGUGCACUAUCCCAUAUACCAGGAGCGAAGAAAAAUGCCUGGUGCGAAGUGGCCUGGUCCAGCUGAUGGAUCGGUUGUGUAGUUUAAGCAGCCAGGCUGAAUCCAGCUCUAAUGAGAAACAGACCAAGAAGCAGAAAGUGGCGACCAUGGCUUGGGCCGCAUUCCAAGUGCUAGCCAACCGUUGUGUCGAAUGGGAAAAAGAGGAAGGUGGGUCCACAGAGGCUGUCCAUUCUGGUCUGGCACGUCAGGUCUCCAGUCUCCUGACCAACCAUCUGGCACGUGCCACAGAGUGCUGCGGCAACCAGGCAGCUGGCAAUGAUGCCUUGCAAGAUGUCCUCAGUCUUCUAAAUGACUUGUCAAGGAGUCACAUUGGCAAAGCAAUACUGAGCCAGCCAGCCUGUGUGUCCAAACUUCUCUCCUUGCUCUUGGACCAGCGUCCCUCUCCAAAGCUAGUCCUUAUCAUCCUUCAACUCUGUCGUGCUGCUCUGCCCCUCAUGAGCGUCGAGGAUUGUGGGAAUGUGGAAUUGCCUCCCUGGAGUUACUCUGUGCCCUCCCUGAACAGCGAGCAGGAUGACCCUAGUGACCCAGCUUCCAAAAUUGCUUCCCUGCUUUUAGCAAAACUGGCAGAUUAUGUAGUACCAGGAUGCCAGACAGUUCUUUCUCCGACGGCUUCUGAGCCUGAUACCUCACUGACAAAAGCCAGUCCAAAAAGUUCCCUUAAAGGAGACAAAGAUCCAGGGGAAGAGAGUGAAGCUGUGGAUGGUAAACUUUCCAUCUUUAUUCAUAAGCGGGAAGAUCAGUCCUCUCAUGAGGUCCUUCAGCCACUGCUAAGUAGCUCCGAAGGUCGGCCAUUUCGCCUUGGAACGGGAGCUAAUAUGGAGAAGGUGGUGAAGAUGGAUCGAGACAUGACAAAAAGUGGCUGUUGCGAGGUGAUCACAGAAGAGGCAGCGGCAGCUUUACGCAAAGCCACCAAGUGGGCACAGUCUGGGCUGAUUGUGAGCGUGGGGCCACCAGUAGAAACAGCCAGUCCGGAGAGUACCAGCGGCCUGUCAACUGGGGACAAGAAGAAGACAGCCCAAACCUCAAUUUGCAGGGAACGAAAUUCAGAACUCGCCAGAACUGACCCUGUGCGGCCGUUCAUCAGUGGCCAUGUCGCAAACAGCAUGGCAGCAGAGGUGAUAGCUUUGCUUCACAGCCUGCUCAUGGCACCGGAAUCCAACGCGGCUCAAAUCUGGACAACCACAGCUGAAAAAGUCCUGUCUCGUGCUCUAAUGUAUAUCCCACAGCUGGGAAAAUAUGCCGAGAGCAUUCUGGAGAAUGGUAGUAGUAGCGGCAGGAAAUUGGCCAAGCUUCAGAGGAUUGCGCGCCAGGCGGUGGCAGCUCUGUGCGCUCUUGGCGGCUUCAAAGAGACCAUCAAAAUUGGCUCUGAAGUGCAGGUUUUGGGUAGGGGAAUUGCAGGAAGUAUUGGAGUGGUGGCGUCUAUUAAUGAACAGGAAGGUAUAGCAACGGUCAAAUUUCCACCCACCAGUAUAGACUGUAGAAAGAGCACCCAAGCAUCAGACACUUUAACUAUUCCAUUAUCUAGGCUCUGUGUCCCAAGAUCAGAGGCAUUGCCUCUCCAUAAACUGUCCAUUACUGAGAAGGUAGUACAGGCAGUCCAGUCCAUGUUGCUUCCUCAGGAGGGGAGUCUUUCUAUUCAUACCUCACUUCCUGCAACAGGAGAUGGCUCAACCCCAGUAAUGGCAGUCGUCCGACUCCUGGCUGAAAUUCGAACCAGAGCAUGCCUGGUGAUGGCACAGUUACUGGAGGACAGUUCCUUCUGUGAAGAGUUCAUUCAGCAGUGUCCAGCUGCUGUGGAAGUCCUGAACCUUGUGGCCCAGGAGUGCAGCCCUGGAGAGCGGCUCCUUGUUGUAGAAGUGCAGUGUGAAAGGCUAAGGAUGCUGUACCGUGACAGUGCACGCCCUCCACCUCCACCGCUGCAGGCAGACAGAAGGCAGCCCAAGGAAAUUACCUGGAGCCCUUCUAGAGUCUUCCCACCUGUGCGAGCCUGCAUGUUCUCCUCACAUCUUACAGCUGUGACCUUCCUUGCGGAUCCCAGUGCUGGCGGAGGGCUGCCCCGUGGCACCUUUAUUUAUGCCACCUCUCCGGUUCCAGUACAGGCACCAUCUUUCUAUUGGGAGAUUGAGAUUGUGUCCUAUGGAGAUACAGAUGAUGACACUGGACCGAUUGUCUCAUUUGGCUUUGCCACGGAAGCAGAAAAGCGUGAUGGAGCAUGGACCAACCCUGUGGGCACCUGCCUCUUUCACAACAAUGGACGUGCUGUUCAUUACAAUGGUUCCAGUUUGCUGCAGUGGAAGAGUGUGCGACUAGAUGUGACCCUUUCUCCUGGUGAUGUUGCAGGGAUCGGUUGGGAAAGGUCAGACGGCACCCCACCUGCUCCAGGGCAACCAGCGAAAGGCAGAGUGUAUUUUACCUACUGUGGACAGCGGCUGGGACCAUAUCUGGAAGAUGUGUCUGGGGGAAUGUGGCCAGUUGUGCAUAUCCAGAAGAAGAACACUAAAGUCCGAGCCAAUUUUGGGUCCCGCCAGUUUGCCUAUGCGGAAGGCCAAGCUCAUCGAAAUGCUGCCGACCUCUGUGUCGACCUCGCUGAAGAAAUCAGUGCCAACUUUGAAGUGUUGCCUUUUGCCAUGGCUUCCGAUAGUGACAAUGAUGCUGGCACCAGCACGGCUUCUGACCCUGGGACUCACGGGCCUCCUUGCAGGAUUGCAGCUGUGGCCACAGCGCAGCAACAAUAUGAUAGCGACACCUCUUGCCAUUAUAAGAUGGAACUUAGCUAUGAAAACUUCAUCACAUCAGGCCCAGAUCCUCACCCUCCUCCCAUUGCAGAUGAUGAAAGUGAUGAUGAUGACGAUGAUGACAUUCCACGGGAAGACCACUAUGCCUUGCUCGUUAAAGCCUGGGAGACCAAAGUCUUCCCUACAAUUAGAAGACGGUUCCGCAAUGAAGCAGAGAGGAAGUCUGGCUUGGAUCAAAUUAAAGGAGCCUUACAGCUAGGCAUGGUGGAUAUAGCCCGUCAAACAGUGGAAUUCCUCUAUGAGGAAAAUGGGGGCAUCCCCCGAGACCUCUACCUUCCCACAAUUGAAGAUAUUAAAGAUGAAGCCAAUAAGUUCACUAUUGAUAAAGUUCGGAAAGGUCUCACUGUUGUCACCCGCUGCCCAGAUAGCAACAACGUGGUCGCCAAUACUGUGGGAACAGCACUGCCUAAAUUUGCCAUCCGUGGGAUGCUGAAGACUUUUGGGCUCCAUGGCGUCGUUCUAGAUGUUGAUUCGGUGAAUGAGCUUGUCCAAGUGGAGACUUACCUCAGAAGUGAAGGGGUCUUGGUAAGAUAUUGGUACCCAAUUGAUAUGCUGGAGCGACCACCUGCUGGCUAUAGGAGAACUGCGACAAAUGGGCUGGUUUCCUUGGACAAUUCAAACAUUCAGAUUCACAGAGAACUUUUGCGAUGUGAAGCUGCACUUGCUAGGUUGUACUGCCGCAUGGCCCUACUCAACAUUUUUGCCCCUAGAUCUCCUCACAUGUUUACACGCCUGUUUCACAUCCCUGCCAUCCGGGACAUCACUCUGGAACAUCUCCAGUUGCUUUCCAAUCAGCUUCUAGCACCACCUCUUCCUGAUGGAACCAUCAGUUCCAGCUCCAUUCUCCUGGCCCAAUCCCUCCAGCACUGCAUCCAUUCCCAGAACUGCUCAGCCACAGACCUCUUCUACCAAGGCAAUUCCCAGACUAUCCAGGAGUGGCUCACGGUUGCCAUUGCUCGGACCCUGCAUCAGGGAGAAGAGAGCCUGAUUGAACUGACCAAGCAAAUCUGCUCCUUCCUGCAGAAUGCUCCUGAACAGUUCCCGUCCGAAGAGUUCCCCAUUUCUGAGUCAAAAGUAAACAUGGAUGUCAACUUCCCUGGGGCAGCCUUUGUGAUUGUGUCCUGUAAGGAAAGUCAGUCUGGAUUCCGCAAAGACUCCUCUCUGUAUAAGGCCCCCUGGGCCCGGAUUCUUGUCUAUGGCCUUGGUCACAAAGUCAAGAGGAAUGGCCAGCUGAACCUGAUCGAGGCAGUGUGCUACCCUCGGGAUGCUUCUCCGACAAACACAGGCCUCACGCCACCCCCCACAACCAACCAGUAUCCCCCUGUCAUCAUCUCUACAGAUAAGGUCCACAUCAAACUGGGCGUGUCGCCUCCUCCUGGUGCCAUGAUUGUCCUACACUCUCUCCCCCUGGAGUUUCCGCUGGCCCUGGCAUUUGCGGAACAGCUUCUGACCUGGAAGCUGGAUGACGGGGAUGGAAGAUCUGAAGAGGAGCUGGACACAAUCCCUGCCUCUGUCCUUUUGCAAGUGGUGGAAAUUCUAGGGAACUUCCUGUGGGCGACCAACAUGGCAGCCUGUGUGAAGGAACUCUUGUUUCACCUCUUGGCUGAACUACUUCGAAAAAUUCACAGCCUGGAACAGAAGAAGAACCCAGCAGGAUUGUCAUCUUCCAUUGCGCUCCAGCUCAAUCCUUGCCUGGCCAUGUUGAUGGCACUCCAGUCAGAACUGCACAAGCUGUAUGAUGAAGAAACUCAGAACUGGGUGUCUGGAAAUGCCUGCGGUGGGUCUGGGGUAGGAGGAGCUGACCAGGGGAGAUUUUCCACAUAUUUCCAUGCCCUGAUGGAGGUCUGCCUGGCUGUAGCGGAAGUGACUUUGCCAAUCAACAUGGGCAUCACUGCCAAUGUGAUGUCAUCAACAAGUGGCCCAAAUCUAAGCGAUUCAUCCUCCUCUUCCUCCUCAUCUCCUGGGCAGACCCCCCAAAGCCCAAGCCUCCUGUCAAAGAGGAAGAAGGUGAAAAUGAAGCGAGAGAAGACGUCAACUUCAGGGAAACGGACUUCAUCCCGAGCUGCCGAGACAGACACCUCCUUACUGAGCAUUGGUGGGAGCAAGCCAGAGGAUAUGUUGUGGUUCCACCGGGCACUCACCUUACUCAUUAUUCUCCGACAUUUAACAAAGAAGGACCCCCAGGGGCUGGGUGUGACAAAUGAUGCUGUGGCUGAUGCUUGCCAGGCCUUGGUCGGGACAACAGCUCACAGCCGCCUGCUGGUGAUUUCGGGCAUCCCUACCCACCUAGAGGAAGGGAUUGUGCGAGGCGCCAUCCGCAAAGCCUGCAACGCCCAUGGGGGUGUCUUCAAGGAGGAAAUCUACAUCCCUAUGCAAGAGGAGGACCCUAAGAAGAGCAAGGACAAAGCUGAGGGAGGGGAAAGUCGGACAGAGCUAGACAAACCUGUGGUCUCCAGCAGCGUGGACAGCCUUGACAUCACCAGUUCCAGCAGUGUUACACCCGCCAUGAGCGUUAGUGCUUCAGCCUCUACCAGCCAGGCCUCCAUUUCCAGUUCUCAGGGGAUCUCUCGGACUACGAGUGACAUCUCGGUUGACCAGGCACUUCAAGGUGGCUUAGAGAUGGCCAUUCCACCUGGGUUGCUGGAGAGCACACCCCACGGGGUUUCCAGCCAGGAGAGUUUAGACCUUUCCAUCGGCAGCAGCCUGGGGAGCUUUGGGGAACAGCUUGACAAUGUGGAGACAGCGUCGAUGUCAGAUGUUGGGUCAGUGUACACUGUUACAUCACUGGACAGCCAGCCGGCCCCAUCCAGGCCCAUCAAGGGCUUUGCCGUUGUAGAGAUCAGAUCCCGGGCCAAGAUAGAGAAAAUCCGAGCCAGCCUUUUUAACAGCAGUGACCUGAUUGGUUUGUCCAGUCUGGAUGGGGAAGAUGAGCUCAUGGAAAUGUCCACCGAGGAAAUUUUAACAGUCUCAACUGUGAACCAGAGCUUGUUUGAUACACAGGGGAGUCCUGCACUUGAAGACUACUUCAAUGACAAAACCAUCAAAGGUGACAAGCUUGUGCCAGGUGCUCGUGAAGUCUUGACUGAAAUAUUUAAAAGCUGUCUCCAUUCUGAACAAAUGUUGAGCUUGACACCAGCAAAACCCACCAAAGUGGCUGAGAUUUAUCUGAGCAAAGAGCAGAUCAAUGCGCAGACACCUGGCAACCUGCUGCACACCUUCUUUACCAACGUCCGUCCUCCAAAGAAGGUUCUUGAGGAUCAGCUCACCCAGAUCCUGAGGAAAUAUGGCGCUCCAAAGCCAAAGUUUGACAAGAGCAAGUACAACAAGGGCGGCAAAGAGCAGCACCCAGUGAAGGUUGUGAGCACCAAGCGGCCUGUCACAAAGCCCCCUGCCAAGGAGAAAGCUGUGCUCAACAGUGUCAGCAGGACAGCUUUGAGUGAGAAGAAGCCAACGGUGAAGCCUAAAUCUCCAGAGAAAAGCAAGCCUGAUGAAAAGGAUCCAGAUAAGUCUCCCACAAAAAAACAGGAAGUUCCUGAGGAGAAAUAUCUGACACUGGAUGGAUUUCAUAGAUUUGUCAUUGAUCGGGCAAAACAGGACAUCCGUAGCGUGUGGCGGGCCAUUUUGUCCUGUGGUUAUGACCUUCACUUUGAAAGGUGCGCCUGCAUUGAUGCCAGACAUGCUCAGAAAGCCUCCCGCAAGUGGACCUUAGAAAUGGAUGUUUCCCUGGUCCAAUACAUCAACCGUCUCUGCCGCCAUCUGGCCAUCACGCCAGCCCGUCUGCACCCACAUGAAGUAUACUUGGAUCCUGCUGAUACAGCUGACCCACGAGUCUCCUGCCUCUUGAACGUGCCCAUUGAGAGCCUCCGCCUGCGUUUUGCCCUGCUCCAGUCCCUCAACACCACUUUGGAGACAUUCUUCCUGCCGCUGGUGGAGCUUCGGCAGACUGAAAUGUACACCAAUAGCAUUGCGGCGCUGCUGCAAGAAGCCAAAGGAUUAAUUUUUUAUGACACAAAAGUGACUGUCAUGAACCGAGUGCUUAAUGCCACUGUUCAAAGGACAGCUGAUCACGCAGCUCCUGAGAUCACCUUGGACCCCCUUGAAAUUGUUGGAGGAGAGAUUCGUUCUUCAGAAAACUCCUACUUCUGCCAGGCUGCCCGACAGCUGGCUUGCAUCCCUUCCUCCCAACUCUGUGUGAAGUUGGCCAGCGGAGGGGACCCCACUUAUGCCUUCAACAUCCGCUUUACAGGCGAGGAGGUCCAUGGCACAAGUGGCUCUUUCCGGCACUUCUUGUGGCAGGUCUGCAAAGAGCUCCAGAGUUUGUUGCUCUCCCUCCUCUUGCUCUGUCCCAGUUCAGCAGUUAAUAAGAACAAGGGCAAGUACAUUUUGACCCCCAGCCCCAUCAGUUAUGGGGAAGAGCAGCUGCUGCACUUCUUUGGGCAAUUACUGGGGAUAGCCAUCCGGGCGGACGUCCCCUUGCCCCUGGACCUUCUGCCCUCCUUCUGGAAGACCUUAGUAGGAGAACCACUGGAUCCAGAUGUUGACCUUCAGGAGGCAGAUAUACUGACCUACAACUAUGUCAAGAAAUUUGAAAAUCUCAAUGAUGAGACGGAGUUGGAGGCCCUGUGUGCCGAAAUCGCUUCCCAGCACUUAGCCAUGGAGAGUCCCGACUGCCCCAACAAACCCAGCUGCAAGUUCACCUACCUGACAAUGACAGGCGAAGAGGUGGAGCUCUGUGCUAGAGGCAGGCACAUCCCAGUGGUGUGGGAAAACAAGGAUGUCUAUGCAACUGCCAUUCGGAACCUGAGGCUACGUGAGCUGCAGACUCCAGAGUGUGUGAUGGCUGUGCGGGCCGGCCUGGGCUCCAUUAUCCCCCUUCAGCUUCUGACCAUGUUGACCCCCUUGGAGAUGGAGCUGAGGACUUGCGGGCUCCCCUUCAUCAAUCUGGAGUUCCUCAAGGCCCAUACUAUGUACCAAGUGGGACUGAUGGAGACUGACCAGCAUAUUGAGUUUUUCUGGGGGGCCUUAGAGAUGUUCACGCAGGAGGAGCUCUGCAAGUUCAUCAAGUUUGCCUGCAACCAGGAGCGCAUCCCCUUCACCUGCCCCUGUAAGGAUGGCGGGCCGGACACCGCCCAUGUCCCACCGUACCCCAUGAAGAUUGCACCCCCUGAUGGCACAGCAGGGUCGCCAGACUCCCGCUACAUUCGAGUGGAGACCUGCAUGUUCAUGAUCAAACUCCCCCAGUACUCCUCCCUUGACAUCAUGUUGGAGAAGCUCCGGUAUGCCAUCCACUACCGCGAGGACCCUCUCAGCGGCUGAGCCGUCAUCUCACAUGCAAGGCAACGGACACCUUGGGGGCAUUCCUUCAGAGCAGCCCCUGCUCAACGGAAGAACCACACUGGAUGCCUUGGGGUGACCCUGAGGUGAGAUCUGAAGACUUCCUCUUCCCUCCAUACCUUUGCUUCUGCAACUGUGGUUGCAGGAAGACUUCCCUGUCAUAUUUGUGGACUUUUGUGGUGGAUGGGUUGUCUUUGCUGCCUUGUUUGUGAAAUAUUUGUAGGAUGAGUUUAGUACACAGACUGAUGUUCACAAACCUUGAGAUCCUUACAUUUCUUUCAAAAGUAGAAGAGUACUAAUAGUUGCACAGAAACAUAAUGACGAGGCUUUCAUUUCUGAGUGCAAAAAAAGCAAGGCAGCUUCAACUACUGGCUCAGGCUGUUUUCUGUAACCACUGACACAAAGGGACUCUCACGGGGACAAGUACUGAAAGGUCUUGCUUUCUGUGCAGGGGUUGGGGGGGGGGGGUAACUUCACAGCUUUUCACACAUACAGCUUUGAUGACAAGAAACUUACCAAUUCAUGUUUCCCCAGAGCAGAAAUCUUAAUGCACCCAGGUAUGGCAAGUUUCAAUCAUUCUUACAAAUACAUGGGGGGUCAGUUGGCCGAAAUCAAACAAGUUGGCACCUCAGCCUUCUCCAAACAGCAAUGCCAGUAGGAAAGCUGCACCUUUUUUUAGACUCAGAAAUGAUUGGUCAGAGAUUGCUACAAGGUUCGCAUCCAGAAAAGAGGGGAGAGAAGAUGCCAACUGUCAGCCCUCCAAGAGGAUUGGUUUUCUCUUCCUUGGUGGGAUCCCCUUGGCCUUUCUCUGGGGCAACCUUCCUUUUCUUCCAGCGGGGGCUUGGGAGGGAGAGGGUCUUCAGGCCACUGGAAUGUAAGGAAGCUGCCCAACAGGAGGGCUCUGGGGAUUGUGCCUCAGUCUGUUGUGAGAUGUCCCCUGUGUCAGAGAGACACAUCAAGCACGCACAUUUCCCCCCUUGACUAAUGAAAUGAGUGAUUCUAUAUGCGGGGUUGCCCUUCAACCCCAGACUCUCCGAAGGGCCUCUGUUUGGCUUGGUGCUAUCCAUGAGUUUAAGUGCCAGCUCUUAGUUCCAAGCUUGUAUUUUCUUCCCUGCAAAAACCUCAUGCGCAUCUUUCCAAGCUGUCAUCUAGGGCUGGGGCGGGAGACGAGAGUCAACAUUGUUUGGCUUGGCUGUGGCCAUGGAAGAGCUGUAUUUAUUGUACAUUACUGUGAAUACUAGUAUCUGUUUGGGUUGCAUGAUGUAUGGCUGGAGCUUGUGAGGGAUGAGUGAGAAUGCAAGAAAGAUGAGUGUGACUUUUUAGAGUUAGCUGUCAGCGUGUACAAGACCCAACUUCCAUUGGUUGAAAAGAAGUAAAACUUGCACCUCUAUAGGCGGCACUUUUAACUCCCACGUCAUGCCCACUUUCUGGCCAGAUGAAAGACUUCUAAAGACAAACCUUGCACGGCGAGUUUACAAGUACCCAAGAGAAACCCGGAUAGAAAGAAAGGGGCAUUAAAAGACUUUCCCAUCGACAGUGGAUCUUUUGGUCUGAGCAAAGCUAAUAGCCCCCCUUUCCAAGCCUCUGGCUGUUCUCCUUUGGAACGGCCUGGUUUUCUCUGAAGGGGGACUUCUCCUGCUGUCAAAUACCUCACAGGCCUUUUGGUUGCCACGUCGCCGGCUGUGAAUCCUCAAGGAAGCUGCCGCUGCUGCCGCCGCCAUUCCUACUGCUCCCUCCUUGAGGCUGUCGGGUGUCACGAGGACCUUCCCCACCUCAGCCCCAAAGUGUGUGUGCUGUCAAGUGACUUGGUGUAUAUUUAUGCUAUUUAUUUAUGGUUGCAUUUAAGAAAAGGAAAUUGUUCUCCAUGGUGUUUACACCCCACCCAGUGUCAACAAAGCUUCUUUUUUGGGAACAUUUUGCAUCCAGAUCGUACGCCCUUCAUCUGCAUGGUGGAUUCCAUUGGGCAGGGCAGGCUGGCCAAGUGGAAGGAUGCUGCUAAGUUAAGGCUGGGCACAUUGCUGAGAAAUGGGCCUGGAUUUCCUCCGUGGAUGGAGUCACUUCUUUGUUCACUCUAGGAAUGCUGCCAGCAGCAAGAGGAUCUCUUGCUAGAUAGGCUGGGGUUGUGAGUCGUCUUUCUUUUCACUUGAAUAUUCAUUCCGAAUGUAAAACUGUCUUUAAAAAACAGCAGAGAACCUGGGCACCGAGGUAUUGGAGUCUAUGCUUGCGUUGAGCAUGUUGGGGGUACUGAUAACACUAUUCACCUGUUUUAAGUGUUCUUGGUUAGGUGUCAAACAUCCAGGCUAAAGGGAAUUCUCAUGACUUGCGUGUGUGCUCCUUAAUACUUGGUUGGAAGCAGAGGAGAGCUACCACUUCCAAGCUGCGAUCACCUACAAAUUAAAAACUACUUGAGACGAGGAAUGGCUGGUUGCCUGCCUGCUCCCCAGCUCACUUGGGGAUAAGUUUAAUGCACUGUACUUUUUAAUUUGUAUUUACUUACCGCAAAUGUGUAUAUAUUUUGUACAAAAGGGAAAAGUGAGCCAAGGGCUGCCAUUCCUCUUGGGCAGGAGGGACUCCCCAGGGUCUCCUGCCCAAGGGAGAUCAGCUGCCAAGCUGACAAAAAGUGUGUUUUGUUUGCCAUAAUUUUGUUAAUUUAUUCUCCACUGUUCACACCUCAAUUCUACCACAAAUAUCUCUCCCUGGAACAGUUAUCCUGCCUCAACUAUAUAACAAAAUGGAAAAAAACCAACAACCUCCCCCCCCCCAAACCCCUUAGCGUCCCUCUGUAAACCCACCAUAGUGCUUUGCCCUUGGAAAUAACACAGCAAGGUUGGUUGCCACUUGUUUUUAAGACCUCUUUGGCUUUUCUUGUAUUUAAUAAAUGCUUACUUUUGGUGGAA